CCUUGUCGCCCGCUCGCCUACCCAGCCCAGCCUCGGCCACCGCGGCAGCGGCGGCGGCGGGGGCAGGGUCCGCUGCGGCACCGCCGCCACCACCGACUCCGCCACUGCCACCCGCCGCUGUCAGCGGCUUCCCCCGGCGGGAGGAGAGAGCCCGGAGAGCACUUUUCCCCCGACUUUAGGAGUGUUUGUGGAUUUACAUGCCAAGCCUUCAAGAUGAUGUCCAUGAACAGCAAACAGCCUCAUUUUGCCAUGCAUCCCACCCUACCUGAGCACAAAUACCCCUCUCUACACUCCAGCUCGGAAGCAAUAAGAAGAGCAUGUCUACCAACUCCACCGCUGCAGAGCAAUAUCUUCGCCAGCCUCGAUGAGACCCUGCUGGCGCGGGCCGAGGCUCUGGCCGCCGUCGACAUCGCCGUCUCGCAGGGCAAGAGCCACCCGUUCAAGCCCGACGCCACGUACCACACCAUGAACAGCGUGCCCUGCACCUCCACCUCCACCGUGCCCCUGGCUCACCACCACCACCACCACCACCACCAUCACCAGGCGCUGGAGCCCGGCGACCUCCUGGACCACAUCACCUCCCCCUCCCUUGCGCUCAUGCCCGGCGGAGGCGGCGGCGGAGCCGGCGGCGGCGGCGGCCACGACGGGGCGGGCGGCGGCGGCGGCGGGGCCGGAGGCGGCGGGGGCGGCGGCGGCAGCGGCGGGGGCGGCGGCGGCCUCAUCUCCACGUCGGCCCACCCACACUCGCACAUGCACGGCCUGGGCCACCUUUCGCACCCGGCCGCCAUGAACAUGCCGUCGGGGCUGCCGCACCCGGGGCUGGUGGCCGCGCACCACGGCGCCGCGGGGCAGGUGGCCUCGGCGGCGGCGGUGGUGGGGGCGGCCGGCCUGGCCUCCAUCUGCGACUCGGACACGGACCCGCGGGAGCUGGAGGCCUUCGCCGAGCGCUUCAAGCAGCGCCGCAUCAAGCUGGGGGUGACCCAGGCCGACGUGGGUUCGGCGCUGGCCAACCUGAAGAUCCCGGGCGUGGGCUCCCUCAGCCAGAGCACCAUCUGCCGCUUCGAGUCCCUCACCCUCUCCCACAACAACAUGAUCGCCCUCAAGCCCAUCCUGCAGGCCUGGCUGGAGGAGGCCGAGGGCGCACAACGGGAAAAAAUGAACAAGCCCGAGCUCUUCAAUGGGGGCGAGAAGAAGCGCAAGCGGACUUCCAUCGCCGCCCCGGAGAAGCGCUCGCUGGAGGCGUACUUCGCCGUCCAGCCCCGGCCCUCCUCCGAGAAGAUCGCCGCCAUCGCCGAGAAAUUGGACCUCAAAAAGAACGUGGUGCGGGUUUGGUUUUGCAACCAGAGACAGAAGCAGAAACGGAUGAAAUUUUCCGCCACCUACUAG